CUCCUCUGCUUUCCUCCUCUCGCUCUUCAGUACCAGCUCCCGUUCUUCCUGUCUUCUGUUGUCAGCUCUCCUUCUCUCUCUUCUUCCAUCCCUCUCCUUCUCUCUACCUUUCCAAACCCUAAUCUCUCUAUCUUACUCUUCCCUCCGUCUCUUCUCUUCUCCGAUUCCGUUCUCCGGCGAUGGCUAGGGUUUCGGCCGCUGUCGAGCGUGUGCUUGCGCGAGGUCUCUGAUGCUGGGGGGGAGAGGCUCUCUUUCCGCCAAGGGAGCCGUGCGCGUGACGUAGCGGGGAGAGCUGUUCUUGAUCUCUGCCUUGCUUUCUUCCGAGUUUUGAAGCAAGGGUUUUGGACGGUUUCUGGCGAUCCAAAAGAGAGGAGGCUUGAUUCUCUGACGGAAACAGUCGUCAGAUCGAAGUAGUAGGGUCUGUUUGCUUGAAUGCGUGGUCCGAGCUAGUUCGCCAGGUCUCAGAGUGCUGCUCUUCCAGUUGGAAGGGAUAUCGGUUUCUUGCCUGUUUCUUGGUUUCCGGGGUUCAAAUCCCACUGUAUCGCCUGAUCUUUGAUCCUUUAUGAAGUAUUUGGAGGCUGGCUUGAAGCAGUUCGGAGGCCAUUCUUGAAGGAUUUGUAAAUAUUUGAACUCUAAUCUUUUUAGAAAAUUUUGCUUCUAUUUUGCUUUGAUUUUUUUUAAAGAAAAGAAGGGGCGUUUCUGUAAGAAAAAGCGCCCUCCCCUGGCUUUUAACUUAUUUAAGGAUGCUUCGUUGAACCCUAAAGCCAGCGACCAAACACCUGUAAUAGGCUUCCGUUCUUUCUAUCGGAAUCCCUCGUCAGGCUAUCCUUACCCUUAUUCUCGCAAUCACGGCAAGGUUUUCUCGAGAAUCCUAGGACCGAUACUGGAAAGAGAAACAAAAGAAGGAAAAGAGAAAGGGAAAAGAGAGACUGGGAGAACGGAAGUACUGGUCUUGGGUUCCUCUCUUUGCUUUGCUUUUGGUCUCGAGAACCAUUUUGAAACUAGUGAGAAGAGAUGGCCACGGCAGUGGCGGUGAGGAGCGUCGAAGGCCGCGGUUUGGAGAAGCAGCCGAUGGACACGGGGAAGUACGUGAGGUAUACGGCAGAGCAGGUGGAGGCGCUCGAGAAGGUCUACGCCGAGUGCCCCAAGCCAAGCUCCAUGCGCCGCCAGCAGUUGAUCCGUGAGUGCCCGAUCCUAGCCAACAUUGGGACCAAACAGAUUAAGGUCUGGUUUCAGAACCGAAGGUGUCGUGAGAAGCAGAGAAAAGAGGCUUCUCGGCUUCAGGUUGUUAAUAGAAAGUUGACUGCAAUGAAUAAGCUUUUGAUGGAGGAAAAUGAGCGCCUUCAGAAGCAGGUCACGCAGCUGGUCCAUGAGAAUGCUUACAUGCGACAGCAACUACAGAAUGCUUCCCUGGCCAAUGACACAAGCUGUGAAUCAGUUGUGACCACUCCUCAAAAUGCUCUAAGAGAUCCAAGUAAUCCUGCUGGACUCCUGUCCAUUGCUGAGGAGACCUUGGCAGAGUUCCUUUCAAAGGCUACAGGGACUGCUGUCGAUUGGGUCCAGAUGUCUGGGAUGAAGCCUGGUCCGGAUUCGAUUGGGAUCAUUGCUAUUUCACGUAGUGCCAGUGGGGUGGCAGCACGAGCCUGUGGUCUAGUGAGUUUAGAGCCUGCAAAGAUCGUAGAGAUCCUCAAAGAUCGUCCAUCUUGGUGCCGUGAUUGUCGGAGCCUCGAAGUCUUCACUAUAUUUCCUGCUGGAAAUGGUGGCACAAUUGAGCUGGUAUACAUGCAGACAUAUGCUCCAACUACAUUAGCUCCUGCACGUGACUUUUGGACUCUUAGAUACACCAUAGGUCUAGAAGAUGGCAGUCUUGUGGUUUGUGAGAGAUCCUUAAGUGGUUCUGGAGGUGGCCCUAUUGCAACUACUGCUCACCAAUUUGUAAGAGCUGAGAUGCGUCCUAGUGGAUAUUUGAUUCGGCCUUGUGAAGGCGGGGGCUCAAUUGUUCACAUAGUUGACCAUUUGAAUUUGGAGGCAUGGAGUGUUCCUGAAGUGUUGCGGCCUCUUUAUGAGUCAUCCAGGGUAGUGGCUCAGAAGGUGACAUUUGCGGCACUGCAUCAUCUAAGACAAAUAGCACAAGAAAUGAGCGGUGAAGUGGUCUAUGCUUUGGGUAGGCAGCCAGCUGUUCUGCGAACUUUUAGUCAAAGAUUAAGCAGAGGCUUUAAUGAUGCUGUCAAUGGUUUUGUUGAUGAUGGCUGGUCGGUUAUGGGCAGUGAUGUCAUGGAGGAUGUAAUAGUUGCUACUAACACAUCAAAGAAAAUCAAUACUCAGGCCAAUUCUGCUGAUGGUUUUUCGGUGUCUGGUGGUGUAAUCUGUGCUAAGGCAUCGAUGCUACUUCAAAAUGUUCCCCCAGCAUUGCUGGUUCGGUUUCUGAGGGAGCACCGUUCUGAAUGGGCUGAUUACAGGAUAGAUGCAUAUUCUGCAACAUCAUUGAAAGCUGGCUCGGGUUCCUUUCCUGGAUUGGGGCCCUGUAGAUUUUCUGGGAGCCAAAUUAUCAUGCCUCUGGCUCACACAGUGGAGAAUGAGGAGUUUCUUGAAGUAGUUCGCCUUGAAGGCCAGGCUAUUACUCAAGAUGAAGCUAUUUUAUCCAGGGACAUCCAUCUCCUACAGCUUUGCAGUGGAAUCAAUGAAAAUGCUGUGGGAGCUUGCUUUGAACUUGUCUUUGCACCAAUUGAUGAACAUUUCCUAGAUGAUGCUGCACUUUUACCUUCUGGUUUCCGUGUCAUACCGUUGGAUGCAAACAAGGAUGGUUUUGCUUCUUGCCGUACAUUGGAUCUGGCAUCUAGCCUUGAAGUAGGCUCUGCCACAAACCGCUCUGCCGGUGACAAAUCCACAGAUGGUCAUAACGUACGAUCGGUGUUGACAAUUGCCUUUCAAUUUCCUUAUGAACUGCACCUUCAGGACAAUGUUGUUGCAAUGGCAAGGCAGUAUGUUCGAAGCAUCAUCUCGGCAGUGCAGAGGGUCUCUAUGGCAUUAGCUCCUUCCCAACCUGGUUUGCAUGUGGGGCAGAAGCUACUACCAGGCUCCCCAGAAGCUGACACCCUUGCUCAUUGGAUUUGUCAGAGCUACAAUUCUCAUUUGGGGAUGGAGUUGCUGAGAUUUGAUGGAGAAACUGGAGAGUCCAUGUUGAAAGUGCUGUGGCAUCAUCAAGAUGCCGUUUUAUGCUGCUCUUUCAAGAUGCAACCGGUUUUCACCUUUGCGAACCAGGCCGGGCUUGAUAUGUUGGAAACAACACUGGUUGCCCUACAAGACAUCAGUCUCGAUAAGAUCUUUGAUGAACCCGGGCAGAAAGCUCUCUGCUCGGAGUUUGCAAAGUUGCUGGAACAGGGCUAUGCUUACCUGCCAGCCGGUGUUUGCUUGUCUGGGAUGGGCCGCCAUGUGUCGUACGAGCAAGCGAUUGCCUGGAAAGUCCUCGGUGAAGACAACAGCGUUCGCUGCCUGGCCUUCUGUUUUAUGAACUGGUCCUUCGUUUAAAGCAAUGUAAUCCAUUCUGUUCUGGGAGUUGCGGACCCAAUUUUGUAGGUGUAAAGAUCCAUGUUUGUGUAAUUUUUCUUUAAUUAGAACAGGUUCUUUUGCCUUAAGAGCCAUUUUGUGGGACGGCCCUGUACUGGAAAGGAUGAGUAUGGAAAUGUUGUCUUGCAAUUAAGAAAUUUCACUGUCUUGCAAUAAGAUUUUUGCGCGUAUUAUGUUC